AGUAUUCAAGUUCACACACACACACACACACACAUACGCACAAACCGAGUCGGCCCGAGGAGGCCUUUAUUGCGCCCAGUGCUGAGUGGGUUCGAGUCCCGCCGAGGCUGCGAUGGCUCGAGGCACCUGGAAAUUGUGCCCGUCAGGCCAGGCCUGACGUCUGAGACGACGUUUUUCGGCGCCAUCGCCUCGAGCGCCACUCAACUCGGCUCGUGCCCAGGUGGGCAUCGGGCCGCCGGAUCGAUAGGCCACAGUGCCCUGGGCCCAUUACGACACAUACGCACCGACACACACGCUGACAGGACUCCAGUGGCCCGCCUACUCCGGCGCAGCGGCACGACGCCGCAGGCCGCCGCGCGCAGAACCGGCGAGCCAACCAAACUGCCUGAGCGCCGAAUUAAUUAUUCAGCAUUACACUCUCUCACUCUUUCUGCAGGCACACGUAAACGCACAGGCACGCAGGUGCGCGCGCGCACACACACACAUAGGCUGGAGUCUGGCGAACAUACUGCUCCUGUGUGCCCCAGUGGUCGGCUGGCCCGGCGCCUGUUUGGUCUCUCUCUCUCUCUGGCCUUGACGGUGCUUGUUGCCUCGGCGGGAGAGAGCAGCGCGAACGGCGUUAGUGAUGGGUUCCGAGGAGUUGCGGCAGAAAUGAGCAGCUUCCUGGACCAAUUGGUUAAUCGUUCAGACGGACGGACCUCCCUCAUGAGAGGAGUCACCGCUUUUUUGCGCCGCCCUGCUUCAACCGCGCAGACAAACAUGCAGACAAACACACAGACAGACAGACAAACAGUCGAGUUGAGAGCCGCGCGCCACGAGGCUGCGUGUUUCGCGAGCUCACCGCUCUGA